AUGGUGUCAUUGAAGCUCCAGAAGAGACUCGCUGCCUCAAUUAUGAAAUGUGGAAAGAGAAAAGUUUGGUUAGACCCGAACGAGACUCCAGAAAUCUCUCUUGCUAACAGCAGAAAGGCCAUUAGAAAGUUGAUCAAGGACAGACUUGUUAUCCGCAAGCCACACAUCAUCCACUCCCGUAGCAGAGUUGUAGACAGACUCCACGCCAAGAGACUUGGAAGACACAGCGGACACGGAAAGAGAAAGGGUACAAAGAACGCUAGAACCCCACAAAAGUCCCUCUGGGUCUUCAGAAUGAGAGUCUUAAGAAGACUUUUGGCCAAGUAUAGAGCAAUGGGAAAAAUCGAUAAACACGUCUAUCACGAUUUCUACAUGAUGGUCAAGGGUAAUCAAUUCAAGAACAAGAAGGCUCUUGCUGAGGCUAUCUUCAAGACUUUGGAAGAAAAGAAAUUGGCUGCUAAGAACGCUGAGAAAGUCAUCAAGACUACUACUUUCAUCACUGAAAGAAAAGACUUAAAGGCUGAAGCUAAACCAGUCCUUGCUGAGACUAAGGCUGAGAAGAGAGCCGAGAAGAAGAACGAGAAGAAGGCUGACAAAAAGGUUGAAAAGAAGGUUGAGAAAAAGACCGAAAAGAAGGUCGAGAAGAAGACUGAAAAGAAAGCUGAGAAGAAAGUCGAGAAGAAGCAAACCAAAAAGAAUUAA